AUGCCUCGGUUUAACCCCCUUACAGACAUUCCAGACCUUGCUGGAAGAGUCUGUCUGGUUACUGGAGCUAGCUCUGGCCUUGGAGAGCAGACAGUGGCACAGAUCGCCCAACACAACCCUGCAAAGAUCUACCUAGCUGCACGCAAUCGCGGCAGAGCUGAAGCCGCGAUGAAACGAAUAAAAGCAACUUUUCCAGCAGCUGCAACUUCCGCCAUUGAGAUUCUCGAUUUGGACCUUGCUUCAUUCGAGUCUAUAAAAGCCGCGGCAUUUCGGGUGAACAAGGAAGUGGAUAGACUGGAUAUCCUCCAGCUCAAUGGCGGAAUCGCAGUUACGCCUCAUGCCUCAACUCAAGAUGGCUAUGAAAUACAGUUCGGAACAAACUACCUCGGUCAUGCCCUGCUCACACAGCUGCUGAUGCCGAAGCUUCUUGCUACAACUAGACUUCCCGAUGCAGAUGUCAGGAUAGUUUCAAUGUCAUCAGUGGGCCACAAAAGCUUCUCAGCUAAAGACGGUCUACUCUUUGACCAGUUAAAGUCGGAUAUAAAGACGACUAGUGGCUCUAGACUUUAUGGUCAAGCCAUGCUUUCCAAGGCCCUGUUUGCAUUUGAGCUAGCGAAACGGUACCCACAGAUCACUUCUUCAUCUCUACACCCUGGCACGGUGAAAACGAGAGUUUGGUCGGGCGACAAGGAUUUCAAUCCCAUAUUGCGUUAUCUAGUCAUCAAUCCACUUGUUUUAUUGAGUGGCGUCUCAGUCAAAGAGGGCGCUAAAACUCAGCUCUGGUGCAGCUUUGGUAAGGACGUGAGAAACGGAGCCUACUAUGAGCCUGUUGGGAAAGUUGGAAAAGAGAGUGCCUUGGCUCGAGAUGCAGAAUUGUCGAGGAAGCUGUGGGACUGGACAGAGACAGAGCUGAAAACACAUGGUGCGCCUGGAUGGCCUGAGAAGUAA